CCAGCAAGAUGGCGACCAUAAUGUAGAAUGGAUGUGUAUGAUUUGAACUAAGUGGGUUUUUUUGGAGGAAAUUCGGACGCGCUGGUUAAUUGUUCAUCAUAUCAAGAGAAUCAAGAUGGCCCUAAAUGUCUUUGAUCAUGAUGAAUACAGGCCGCCGGUGUGGAAAUCCUACUUGUACCAGCUCCAGCAGGAAGCGCCUCACCCACGCAGAGUCACCUGCACCUGUGAGGUGGACAACCGACCUAAAUACUACGGCAGAGAGUACCACGGGAUGAUCUCACGAGAAGAUGCCGACCAGCUACUGAGUCAGGCCGAAGGCAGCUACCUCAUCAGAGAGAGCCAGAGACAGCCGGGCACCUACACUCUGGCUCUAAGGUUUGGGAACCAGACGAGAAACUUCCGCCUCUACCAUGACGGGAAGCACUUUGUCGGAGAGAAGAGGUUCGAGUCCAUCCACGACCUGGUCACAGACGGCCUCAUCACGCUCUACAUCGAGACCAAGGCAGCGGAGUACAUCGCAAAGAUGACCAUCAACCCCAUCUACGAGCACGUGGGCUACACCACCCUGAACCAGGAGCCCACCCUGAAGAAACACCUGCCGCACAGCCCCGAGGCACCUGACGGGCCGGCCCCCGCCAAAGACGACUGCAACACGGAGGAGAGGCUGACGUCGCUGGUGCGGCGGGCCACCCUGAGGGAGAGCGACUUGGCGCCCAAGUACGAGAAGGUCCACAACUUCAAGGUUCAUACGUUCAGGGGCCCCCACUGGUGCGAGUACUGUGCCAACUUCAUGUGGGGUCUCAUCGCUCAGGGAGUGAAGUGUGCAGAUUGCGGCUUGAACGUCCACAAGCAGUGCUCCAAAGUCGUGCCCAACGACUGCCAGCCGGACCUGCGGCACGUCAAGAAGGUGUACAGCUGCGACCUGACCACGCUGGUGAAAGCCCACAACACCAAGAGGCCCAUGGUGGUCGACAUGUGCAUUCAGGAAAUCGAGGCUCGAGGUCUUCAGUCGGAGGGAUUGUACAGAAUAUCAGGCUUCAGUGAGCUGAUCGAAGAUGUCAAGCUGGCCUUUGACAGAGACGGAGAAAAAGCCGAUAUUUCCUCCAACGCUUACGAGGACAUCAACAUCAUCACCGGAGCCCUCAAGCUCUACUUCAGAGAGCUGCCCAUUCCCCUCAUCACAUACGACGCCUACCCCCGCUUCAUAGAAACUGGAAAGAUUACAGACCCAGAGAAACGACUGGAGUCCCUCCACGAGGCCUUGAAGCUGCUGCCGCCGGCUCACUGUGAGACGAUGCGAUACCUCAUGGCUCACCUCAAGAGAGUGACCCAGUACGAGAAGGAGAACCUCAUGUCCAGCGAGAACCUGGGCAUCGUCUUCGGCCCGACGCUGAUGAGGGCCCCUGAGCUGGACGCCAUGACGGCGCUGAACGACAUCCGAUACCAGAGACUGGUGGUGGAGACGCUCAUCACCAACGAAGACGUGCUGUUCUGAGUCGAGUCUUCCAGCGAUGGGGGGAGGGGAAAGGGGCAGACAGAUUUGUCCUUUUUUUGCAGAGAAGAUGGAAGAAAAAGUGACAUGAAGGAUAAAACAUGCAGCUGAGAGUCCUGCUAGACAAAGAACACUACCUGUUUGUGAGAGGAGUGGAUAAACGGAGCGAUGAAGGAAGGGACUGGUUGCAAGGAAGACAUUUUUAAAAAGAGACUCUUUGUGGCUUUGAGUGAAAAAAAGAAGCCGGUGGAAAGAUGCAGUGUUUCCCUACGUUGUUCAUGUAAACAUUAGCACAGCUUAAGGCAGUCAACAAACUGGAAGAUCCCAUAUUUAUGACUUUUCUGGAACACUGAGCCCUGCUCGAUAGAAAUUAAGAAUUUCUCGACGAGCUGGGCGUGAGAGUUAUGUUCUUUAUCCGAAGGUGAAUUCACAGUAGCAUCGCAACAAGACUACUUUGUCUGAGGAGGGGAAACACUGUCGCUUCCACCUUGAUGUUCCCGUCUUAAAUGAAGGCCUUGACAUUUUUUUUUUUAUUUCUCUGGAGAGGUUUUUAGCAUUUAUGACUCAAGUUUCACCAGUUAUCACACAACAGAGUAACUUUAUUCCAGAUUCUGGUGAUGAAAAUGUUUAAUUUGCUUUCUUUUCCGUGGUGUCAAGGCGUCCAUUUAAUCAAGAAGAAGCGCUGACAGCUGGAUGAAUGAAUGAAUGAAUGGAUGGAUGAAUGGGAGAAGUGAAUCACUCAACCAUAACGCGUACUCAUUCCUCUGAAUGCAGCUUAAGUGAUCUGGACCUAUCGUAUUUUCAUUCCUCUUUAUUUACUGUACAGCUCCCUCUCUUCUGCUCCACUAACUGAACUGUAACUAGACAGCAAUCCAACAUGAAGUCAUUUUUUUUUUUAGAUGCUAACAUAGAUUAAACUCUUCCCAGCUGCCCUUUUCGUGUCAUAUUUUAGCUAUAAUAAAAUCGGUUGCUGUGUAAUUACGCUCACUUUUGGAGCCGGCGGAGCUAUAUUCCUCACUAUCUCUGAACCAAUCUUCUCACUUCUUCACCUGCUUCGGCUGAAAUCUGACAAAUGACAUUUAAAAGCAAACAUAUGUUGAUUUAAAUUAAAUUAGCAUAUUUUUCCCCCCCACACACAUAAGCCUCAGCACUAAUCUGUGAACACAAAACGGUGCCAGAGGAGUGUUUUUAAUGGACGAAUUCAACAGACUGUCUGUAUGAAAACAGAUGUUGCACUCGGUAUUCACCAGGAUUUGGCAGCUCUUCGUUUUACGAGCUGCCGUCCAUCACAACCGGUGGCAGGUGAAGAAGAGAAAGGAGUGAGUGACUUGAAACACGAAUAUGUGAAUAAGCGCUUCGUGUUGCUUUGGUUUCGUGUGAAGCAGUGUUGUAAUUAAGUAGCGCUACCAAGCAGGCUGAUAAUUUCCAGGCCUGUCUGCUUUAUUGGCCUGGGUGGGAUCAUUCCAGCACGCUCCAGUCAUUCGAAAGAUUUUUUAUUUUUUUUUUUUUAAUAUCCCACCCCACAAAUCAAAGCAAAGAAGCUCAAUAAAACAAAAAAACUCAUAAUGUUAAUUACUUUGCAUCAGUGUUUGUCAUCCAGGUGGCGCUUCCCAUCUGUCACUCCAGCCAUUUAAUCUAACUGUGAAACUGUGGGAAGUAAUAAUAAUAAUAAUGAUUCUUACGUGGGAGAGAAGUGGGUUGAUUUUAUUUUAUUUUUUGGUUCUUUUUCACUUUGUUUUCCUCUUCUGCCUUCUACAGACAGAGACAAUGAGAUUUUACCUAACAUAGCUUAGACUAAUGCCAUACAGAUGAUGUGAUGAAAGCAGUAUUAAUUCCGUCUGUCAUAUGAAGGAGUGUAUUUGCCAUGUUUUUUGUCUUUAUUUUUUUUUAAAACUAGUGCCAUUUAAAGGGGUGGAGGUGUAGAAUGAAUGCCUUCUGCAUGUACCCCCAUCCACCUCAACUAAAACACACUAACCCCCACCUUUUUACUUAUUUCUACCCCCAUUUUUGUCGGGGGUCACUGAUUAACCUGUGUCGACCCACCAGGCAUCGAGGCCCGUUUUGCAAAGCAGAGCUGAAGUUAAAUAUCAAUCGAAUGGAUGUAACAUAGACAUCAGCAUUUUUUCUAACCAACCUUGUUUUUUUUUUCAUGUCUUCUUUAUCUUAACUGUUUUCUUUACCUAACCAUGUACUAACUAUCGUCAGACUAACCCCAUGACAACUUGUGAGCCUCCAGUGAUCUGUGACACCUACUUUUUUUUUUUUUUAGCAUCAUGAGAUGUCCUUUUUUUUUUAAUUGUUACUGUCAUUGCUGUAAAGUAUUUUCUAUAUGGUUUAUGCAUGGUGAAAUUAAAUUAUUAAAUAUG